AUGGAGAGGAGGAGAGCGGCGAGCCCGGUUUACUCGCGUCAGAUCAGCGGGGGAGGGAGUAGCACGGGAUCAUCCUCGCCGGGGAGGUCCCCGGCUAAUCACCGGCCCACGGCAGCGGGAGGAGGGCUGUCCAACGUAAAGAAGACUCAAAAUGUGGCCGCCAAGAGGGCUGCCGCUCGCCUGGCGCAGGUUAUGGCGUCUCAGGCCGGCUCCAAUGAUGAUGACGACGAAGAGGAAGAAGACAAUGCUCCUCCCAUCAGCAUGUCUGCAUUUCGCUUUGGUGCUCCAAGGCAGAGCAAUAAUGGCGCUGGUGGUGGUGCUACUGCAUUAGCGAGGGCAGCCAGAUCUCCAUCACCCGCUGUAAUCAUCGUUACUGGGAAUCAGCUUUUGUUUAUUUCUCCUCAGUUCUAAAGUUAAAUAAUCUGGAUGUUUUUUCCUAAAUAUCCUCUUUCAUGGUUGCAUUGGUUUUCCUGGCGUUUUGAUUCCUUGCAGGGUUAUUUAUUUUGGGAAUACAAUAUAUCUCCUUUUGUUGCGAGUUUUUUUACGAGUUCACCUGUGUUUUUAUUGCAGGUCUUCUUUUACUUGUUCAUUCAACGUCUGGUUUUAUUCUUUAAAAUUUUAUCCAUUUUUCAAAGUCUGGUUUAUUGAAAACCGUGACAACUUGUGUCAAUUGCUUCAAUCAGAUGUUUAAACUGAUUUUAUGAGACCCUAAAGAGCCAGAUGAUCUGGUAAAUAUCGCAUUUGCUACUGUGUCAUCGAAAUAGGUCAGUUACUUGUUCUACAAUUUGCCACAACUGUUUCUGAUGGUUUCAUUUUUUUUACUUGAGAUAUUUUGACUGGUUUUAUUUUACUAAAAGUAUUUUUGACUGUGAUCAAUAUGUAACACGUGCCUGAUAAUUGCAAUUUUUGUAUCUCGACUGUAGUUGUGAGUAUUGUUUAACUCUAUGAGUCAUUAUGUAAUACUCCUUUUUUUAAUAUUUUCCUGGUUUCGUUUUACUAUAAUAUUUAUGACUGAUAAUUAUGAUACUUGAAAAUUGAUAAUGAUGAUUUUCAUCUUCUGGGCAGUUAAUUCACAUUAAUACUCUCUCAAUUUUAAUUAGUUAGGCCGGAACUCUACGGAGCACGCAACAUCUGUUCGCUCAACAUCUACAGGAAGACCGGCAGUUGCUGUUCGUCCAACACAAGUGGUGCCACCAGUUCGGACGCUCAAGGCGCCGUCCCCUAUUCCAGCAGUAGACAUUCCUGUUGAAAGACGUAGAGAUAAUAGGUGUGUUACAUAUCAUGCUGCUGUACAGAUUCUGCAAACAUGAACAGUCGAUUUUUUUUUUAACUUUUGACAUUUAAGUAUGAAUGAAGAUAAAUGAUAGAAACUUUUAAUUUCUUAAUGACAUUUUGUUUCCAAGACUUCUGUCCAAUAAAUUGACAGCGGUGAAUUGUAAUGGCAUAAUACUAUUGAGGAAAGGAAUGAGAAUGGAAAGAAUAUAUGCAGUGGAAGGUACCAAAGGACGGAAUAUUUUUGAUAAAUUGAGUUCUCUCUGUAAUCAUCAAUUCUGGGUCUGGAAAAACUUCUUUGUGAUGAUUUUUCUAAUGUGGUUUCUGACAAGGCUGGCUAUCAGUUCUGCUCCCAGCUUCUGGUCUAAUUCACCAUCCCACCCAACCACCACCAACAGGUAUGACACGAGUUUUAAUGACCAUUUUUCAAACCUGGAAAGUGGAUAGGAUGAUAAUUUGGAAGGGGGGGUGUAUAGCUGGCAUGCAGUGAGGUACAAGAGGAGUGGAAAACCAUUCUAAAUGAGGAAUGAAGAUAUUGUGAACUUGUACUGCACAUACGGAAGUUGGGGACUGAUGGCAUAUGUUGGAACAGUCUGAGUGGGAACUGAUCUGAAAAUUUCUGAAAGCAAUAAAAGUGCCUGGUGAUUGGAGGCUUGGCACCUACCCAGAUGGUGGUUGAUAGGAUUUCCUUGAGGAAGGGAUGAUGGAUCACGGGGUGUCAAAAUCGACCACCCCAUGCAGAAGUUAGAAUGAUUUACAAGGUGAAACUGACGGGCGUAAGGUCAUUGGGCAACAGGAGAUCUUGAAAUUGGGAAACGAUGACUAGGCCUCGAGUACUAAGUGGAUGAAUGUAAUGAUAUGAGAGAACGAGGAGGUGAAUAAAGUAAAAAUGGAGAUAAGGCUGAUCGCAUGAGGGACUGUGAAAUCUAGACGAUGUCGCCAGGAUCCGCAACCCAUCAUGGAAGGAAACGAAAAUGCACAGAGUAGUCAGUCUGAUAGAGGUAGACUAUAAAUAAGUGUCGACAGUUUUAGUAGGCUAAUAGGCAUGCCUCUUAAUUGUCAUGCAUGUAUUCCCUUCAAACUCUAUUUGGAUAUGGGUAUCUGAAAUGAUGUGGACAAGGAGGCACUCCAUGUGUCUUCUCUGAAUUCUGUAACUGUCAAGGUAUAGCUGGGGCCUCUAGACCUCAUUUCCAAAUGGGUUAAAAUAAGAAAUGAAGGAUCCACAUGCUUAGUCUUUGAGAUGGAGUAUCCCACUUGAAAGGAAGUGGCACAUUAUGUUGAAGCCAGUUAGGAUACAGAGGGGGACAGAUGAACGAGCAUUGGCAGACAUUGAGAGGGAUGAGUAUACAUGGCAGAGGCUGAGACCUCAUUGCGACCUGGUCCUAGAAGAUUGGCAUUUAGUUGAAGAAGCCCAUUUUACUCAAGCCACCUGCUAAUUAACAUCUCAUUAUGUUUCUAGAACAUUGAGAGGUUCCAUUUAAUCUCAUUGGAGUUGGGAUAUUUUUGUUUUAGUGGAUUUUAGUAAUCUGUUGAUGUGUCUUUGGUUCCUGCAACUAUCAAAGUAGUUAGUGUUCCACUGGAAGGAGAGAAGUCAAGGCAAAUUUAGGUAGGGAAUCGAUACCAAUAUAUAGUGUGGAAUUAUAAAGAGAAAUCCAGUGAUCAGUUUUGUGGAGUGUGGAAUUAAAUGUUCUUUAAAAACGUGUUUUACCUGAUUGGUAUUGAAAUAGACUCUCUUUGAAGGCUCAUGUCCUCUGAUGGUGCAGUGAGGAUCGUCUCUUGUCAUUCCAUCUCAGUCAGACAGGUGGAUACUCCUACUUCCUGCCGUGUCAUGGACCAUCAGGUGUGAAAAAUACAGAAGAACGUUUCAAGGUAGCUUUAAUCAGAUCCAGGAUAUCGCUAUUAUGUAGCUAUGACCAUUUUUGAAGAUUCGCCUUUUGAGUCAGGAGUUUUUUAUGAUGUUUCGAAAGUUGGCAGAAAGAAGUCACGGCAGUUUAAGCGUUCCAAUUUGUGAAACAGUUAUUUUUUUUCUCUUUCUUAGUGCAGUGUCAGGAGUGGAAGUAGGAUGUUGUUCUUUUUUUUUUUUGCAGUAUGUUUUUUCGAUUGUUCUUUUCUAUAGGAAACCACAUUCUGUGUGUAAUUGAAAGUAUACUUGACCGUGGAAUUGUUCACCGUAAAUGGUCACAGUUCUUUACCAAGUUCAUAUUGGAUCAUUCCCUACACAUUUAGUUCUUCUAAAGGUCCUUUUCUUGACCAUGUACCGGCCUAUCUACUUGCAGACUGUUUGGCAUGCUAAUAUAUUGUAGCUUAUAAAUUUCUGUGGAUGGUUUUAACACUUUUUACAGGUUUUCUGCAGAUGUUAGACCACCGCAAUCAUACUCGAGGGAUGUAGGGCAGCAGCGUGAGGCUUCUGCUCUUCAAGAUGAGGUAUUUGCCAUUGUUUCGUUUUUUCUGAACGUUAUCAUUUCAGUUAUAGUCCAAUGAAAAUCACCAAUCUUCAACAAUGAAAAUUUACCUAAUCAGUGUUGGUUACUUUGAGCCUCAUCAUGUUUUUGUUCCUUUUAUAAAUUAAGGUGAAGAAAGAAGCAGUGACAAUUUAAACAUCUUCUAAAUUUGAGUAGCUUGCUUUCUAGGAUUCUGAUUGAGACAUUUGUUAUGAGUUUGCAGCUUGAUAUGCUACAAGAAGAGAAUGAGAAUAUCCUUGACAAGGUACUUCAUCUGAUAAAAUAAGCCAUUUUUUGUUUCUGUAAAAGCUGUAAAAGUAGUGAUCGGAAUUAAACAUUUAUUUUGAAUUUUCUGUCCAGCUUCGUCGUGCAGAAGAAAGAUAUGAGGAAGCGGAGGCUAGGGUUAGGGAGCUUGAGAAACAGGUCAGUUUAAGUUUGCUGAAUGUUCGUAAUUUAUGAACUAUUUUUUUGAUGACUUUCCUUUUAGGAUAUAAGCAAAUAAUGGGUCUCUCGCUUUAUUUAUUUAUAUAUAUAUUUUAGCCAUUUGCUGUUAAAAGGAUGACCUUAAUAAGUCCGUUCUCUUAUUCUCAAUGCUUUGACUGACUUUAGUUGUUUGGUCUGCUAAAUGAACCAAUUUCAUCCGUCUUCUUGUUAAAUUGACCUCACACUUCUACAGAUCCAUAAAUGUUGGGCUCAUAGGAAUCAGACGUUGUCUUGAAAGGUCGUUAUGCCAGAAAAGUUCAACUUAUCUGAUCAGUUUCAUGCAAGACAUGUGAAGCCCUAAAUCGGUUAAACCAAACCAUCUGCCUCGAUAUUUUUCUUGGCAAAUCUAGCUUGAUUUUUUCUUUAUCUUUCUGUCUUCAUCUUGGUUGCAAUUCGUGUUUCUUUUUUGAAACCUCUAUGUGCAUUUUCUCUUUUUUGAAAUACAAGAGGUAUGAACCCCUCAAUAAAUGAAAUGACGGGUGUCAAAAUGGUACAAUCUGAACUUGUACAACCUUUUCAUUAAUAAACUUAUUAUGGUCAAUGCAUAUAAUAUCUUGGAAUAGCAUGAAACAGAUGUUUUGCUUGCUGCCAGAUGAAUUUUUUGGGCACUUUCAUAGAAGCCAUUAACUACUUUCUACGAACUCAAAACAAUGCACCACCGAUCUUCAAUAGUUUAUUUAUGGUAUCAAUUUACCCCCAGAACAUGCAUGGAAAUAUAUUGGGUGAUGCUCUUAUCAGAUUUGAGAUAAUUUCUUGUUUUAAAUCGAUUUCCAUGUUCUUCGAAAUCUAAUUGGCCAUGAUUCAUAAGCAAUUAUUUUGGUUCCAGAUAUCUACUGAUAUCAUACUUAUCAAUCAUAUCCAGAAUGUGAUACGUCCAUUCUACUGAUUGUAAACUUUUUUUGUGCAACGAAUUCUAGCAUUUAAACCGUAAGUCGGUUAAUUUCAAGGACAAUUUUCUGUAGUAUGUACAUGAUAACAUUACCUAGUAGUCUUCAUUGAUAUGCGUGUGGACAGGAGGGCAGGUAGGAUUUUACCUAGUAGUUUCGUUGACAUGCGUGUUGAACCUAGGACAGGAAGAUGUUAAAUCAUGAUCAACACUGUCAAAUGUUUAUUUUUUUAUAGAUUUAUUUUUCAUGACAAUCCUUUUUAGAUGUCUAUUAAGCUGAUUUUUUGCAGGUUGCUAACCUCGGUGAAGGGGUAUCUCUAGAAGCCCGACUAUUGAGCAGGUAUUUGGAUUCUUUGGGGCAACAUAAUAGCAAUCCCUUUUAUGUGCCAGCCUUUGACGGUAUUAUGUGAUGUUUGCAGGAAAGAAGCAGCAUUACGUCAAAGAGAGGUAAAACUCACACUUGGUGUCUUGAAAAGCUUGGUUAAGGAUUUUAGUCGCUCUAAACUUUGACUGUAACUUCAAGUUGUCAGCGAAAUGUUCAGCAUCCCUCUAGCAUUUCCUAUAUUUGCGGUUGUACUGAGGAAGAAUGAUCAUAUUUUGUCCUUUCUUUCCUAGAAACUGUUUAUCUAGGAAUAUUUUCCCUUCCUAGUAUUAACUGGAGGCAUCUGAUCCCACUUGGGGCUUGUUGAGGGUUUGGAGAGACUGGGUGAUAGGAUGAACAUCUUUGGAGACUUCUGGUUCGUUGACUAUCUCAUAUCUCAUCUCCCUGCAAGAAUCUGCCUCAAUUGGUACGAGCUUGUUCUACAGCCUUACAAUGCAAUCAUCUCCAUGGAUUUCUACAGAUUUUGGUCCAGUGCCCCUCCAAGCACGUAGCCAUUGAUUUUUCCUUCACAGUAUGUAUUUAGGUGAGAGAACAGUACACUGAUUUGUCAGAAAUUUCUUGUUUCUCUUUGGAAACCUAGUUAUGUAUCAUGUGAGUUACCUUUCAGACCUUCUAACCUUCCUAGCUAAAAAUGAGAUCAGAAUCCCUAUGAUCUCCCUCAUUCCCUCUUGUGGUAGCCAGACAAUGUACUUCCCAGGUUUUGUGGUAGUCAGACAACGACCGACUUUCAUUUUCUCUUGAGGGAUGGAAAAGUCCUGUGAGUAAUUCAGGGAGGAUGCCGAGUGAGAACUGCAAAAUUUUCCGGGGAACCUAAAUCUUGAACCCAUUGAAGGUUUGGUGAUCAACAUUGUUCUGAAGCAAGCUUCACUCUUGUUGUUGAAUAACCACCACAGCGAGAUUUUUAAGUAGCGAUAGAGAUAUGCUAAGCUGAAGAAAAGGAUGAAACCAAUUAGAAAAAAAAAAGAAGAAAUGCUUUCUCUUGCGGCGAAUUUCAGUGUCAACCUAAAAAGAAGGGUUUGGGGUGUCUUGUUGAUGUUUUUACUAAUGAUGAAGUCUUCAAGACUAUGCAAAUUUGGAACUUGGGAGUUGUUUGCUUCUUAGUUCUACUUUGGUAUCAAUACGCAUUGAUUGCUCGCAUUUGUGAUAUCUUCUUUUACUUAGCAUGCGGGGCUGCAUUCUUUUUAAUCCAGGCUGCGUUAAAGGCUGCCAAACAAAAUAGCGAUGGAAGAGAUGAAGAAAUAGCAGCUCUUCGACAAAAAAUUGAGGCAAGCAUUUUAUUGACUCUAAAUGUUUACUGAUACAUGAAAUGUCUCUGAUACUUUUCUUUUCUCCUUAUAGUCUGCAAAAGCUGAGGCUGCAACUGCUAUAGAACAAUUCCAGGAUGCAGAAUCUGAGGCAAAGGCUCUUCGAUCCAUGACACACAGAAUGAUAUUAACACAGGAAGAGAAGGUGGGCACCGGAUGAUAUAUGUACUUUGAGCAUUCUAUUGCUUUGUUGGUCUUCCAGUAACCAACUGACGGUUCUAUUUUUUUUAAGGAGGAAGUUGUUCUCAAAAGAUGUUGGCUUGCUCGUUAUUGGGGACUGGCUGUUCAACACGGUAACCUCCUUUUAUGAAGUUGGUAUUUAUGCGUCCACGACACGAUGCACGUUGAACUCCUAUUGAAAAUUGAUGAAAUAGGCUUGUUUAUACUAACGAUCGUGAAUAUGGGCAACCUGGAUUUAGAAAGUUGAAUCACCUGUGAGAUCAAAUAAGUAUUAGCCAUGAAACAGACUUUUGUUUUACAAAUUGCCUGUGCAAUUCUCACACUAUCAAUUUAAAUAAAAAAUUUACGGUGCAGCCUCUGUGUUUUCAGUUUGUCAUAUUACAUCGAUGGUGAUCAUAAUUUCUAUAAGAUAUUUGACUACGUAUUUUUCAUUUUCAUUGGGAUGCAUAGUUGUUUAAUUUCAUUUAUUUUAAAUGUAUCUGUACAUUAUCGUCUCAAAAUGGUCCAGUAAACACUGCUGGAAUAAAUCAUUCUAAUGGUAUAGAAUCGUGCUUGAUUUUCUUAUCUGUUUUGGCUUCAUUUUUCUUGCAGGUAUCUAUCCUGAAAUCGCAGAGUCUAAACAUGAGCACUGGUCAUCAUUAGCUCCUCUUCCGUUUGAAAUAGUUGUUUCUGCCGGACAAAAAGCAAAGGAAGAGUCCUCGAACCAGGGUAGGAUGGCUUAUCUUGAUUGCUUUCCUUUGUUUCAAUGAACCGAUUGUGGGGAAACUGUUAUGAAUUCGGCUUGUGGUCUAUGGACAAACAUUUUGUUAACCUUAUUCACAAUGUCACAUGGAAUUUAUUACUUCUUUGACAUUAGGUGAUGAUGAUCCUGAGAGAAGGAACAAACCUGCACGUGAUUUGAAUGACAUAACAGGAGAAGGGAGUAUAGAGAGUAUGCUCUCAGUUGAGAUGGGUCUAAGGGAGCUGGCCUCUUUGAAGGUUAACUUUUUAUCCGUCUUUUUAAUUCGCUUUGCUCUCGGUUUCCUAUCCACACUGCUUUUUUCAUUAUUCAUUAUCUACUGUUGCCUCCAGAGUUUCUCCGAUAUUUCUAUAUGUUAGCCCAAGCUUUGGUAUCCCCUUGUUAAUUCGGGCUCUCACUGCUCUCAAAAGUCACAAUACCUUUUUGUUGCAACACAAUUUUUUUAUUUUUUUAAAAAAAAUUUAGUUUAUCUUUUUGAUAACUCUGCUCAUACUUUGUUCUUUGAAGGUAGAAGAUGCCGUUGUUCUUGCAUUUGCCCAUCAUCGGCGUCCAAACCUAGUUCGGCAAUCUGCGUCAGGUUCGUUCCCCUUUCCCUUAUCUUGGGCGGUUCUGGUUAAUGGUUUUGGUCGUGAAGUGUACCUCGCCUUCUUCAUCUUUUGUUCUUGAUCGCACACUGCCAAUUUCUUCUGUUCCAUUCAUUCAAUUAGAGUAUCAUCUGUCAGGUUGGGCUGCAUCUCUCGCCUUUGCCUACGAUUCUGAAUGUGUUGUGUGUUCUUACAGAUUUUAAAUCAUCUGGUGAUAUGAAAUUCAUGGAGUCAUUCGGUAACGACUCGGCCUCCCCUUUUUGUUUUCCCCGAUUAAUUGAUUGGUGGGUUUGCUGACUUGGGUUCUUCACACCCACUGUUUAUGUUUCAGAAUUGAACCAAGAGGAAACAGAAGACGUCUUAUUCAAACAGGUUGACCCACCCAGCCACCCUCCUUUUCAUGUUCUUCCUCCGGAUGCGUCUCCUCUUUAUAAACACCAUAAUGACUCGCCUGUCUGCUCUUUCCACGAAGUGGCAUACCCUGAACUUCACCUUAAUUUUUUCCCUGUUUGUUUUUCUUUUAUUUUCAUUUAUUAAUGCAGGAUAUAUUAAUCUCUACUGGCCAUAAUUUAAAUGCCACAUCUCCAGUAAACCCUAUUUUCAUGAUAGAACCUUGUUUUCUUUUCGCCUGGGGACUUGAAUGAGGUCAGAUUAUGUUCUGGCUGUAGACAGACGAGGUCCCUCGUUCAUCCCCCUGUCGACAAGCACCGCCCAUAAACCCUAAUCUCCCUCCUCGGCAGGCUUGGCUCACAUAUUUCUGGAGGAGAGCCAAAUCCCAUGGCGUCGAAGAGGAUAUUGCCGAAGAUCGGCUUCAAUUUUGGGCGGCAAGGAGCAACCAGGCGCCAAACUCUCAUGACGUCGUCGAUGGUAAUAUUUUCCCCCCGUUGAUCAUCUUCUAACCCCAAGAACUCUCCGUAUGAUUCAAAACUGGUCAGUAAUUUAUGGAUCAUCAUACUUACUUACCCCAAGAAAGAGAAAAAGAAAUCUCCCUGCUUUUGGUAAUAUAUUUGACGUAUCGAAUGGAGAGCUGAUGCCCGGUUUGAUCUGCGUCGCUCUCUUGUUGUUCCUCUCUCAGUGGAGCGAGGUUUGAUCGAGCUGAGGAAGCUCGGGAUCGAGCAGCAGCUGUGGGAAGCAUCGCGCAGGGAGAUCGACUCGGCGUCCACUCCAAAGCCUGGCUCAGAGACGCCGUAG